UUUAGUUCACUACACAAAUUUUCGUGUCAUUUACUUCCAAGCCGUCAUUCCAUGCAAACCUGCAAAUUAAGUCAGACUUUCCUCAAAUUUAUAGUUCCCACAUGCUGAGAAAUAAUUGUUAAUUAACGAUUAUUUAUGUAAAUUAUUAUUCUUCGCGUUUUUUCUUCAUUCCAAAAAUUAGUUGAGAUAAGUGCAUAUCUACAUACUUGAUAAGAAACUAUGAACAUUAACCUGUAAAUAUGGCGAGUCCAACCGCUUUCCGUGGAAGUGGGAACCUUAUCCGGGACGUGUUAUCGUCCACGUGCUCCAUCCCGUUGAAUAAGCUACACUUGAAACGUAACCCAAAAUUAAAAUACCCGCCAGAACUGUUCCGCUACUUCUUUCCCCAGCGGAUUGACGCGAUUAGGAUAACUUGCUUAUCGCCGUGUCUCAUUUGUUCGGCUGAAAAGGAGUUGAGCCCCAUUAAUUCUACAGAGAUGAAAAUUCUGGAGGAAAUCCGGGUCAAAAUUUCGGUCGCGAGAGGAAACUAUCAAAUGGUGAAGGAUAGCUCGAUUUGUUCCACAUGUCGAAAAACGGUGGGGAAAUUUUCCAAAUUACGGGGACAAUUGGAGAAGAUCGAGACUGGUUUGAAAUUCGCGAUAAGACUCAAAUUGGAUAAACUGGAGGAGGAGGAGGAGGAUUUUUCAGAUGACUCUAACCCCUCAAGAUUUAACCAAUCCGACAUCAUUCCAUUCUCUGACACGUGCCGAGUUUCAAAUUCCUGUCUUAUCAACGAUCCAAGAGGGACAUGUACUUUCUCACCAGAAGCCGAUAACCAUUCAGAGGGCGUUAGUACACCCCGAGCUGGCGCCCCCAUUUCAGAUCCAGCCUCUAUCCUGCCACCUGAAAUUCCCACAGAUGCCCAAUUUCCACUAAUCUUAAGUUCAGAGGAGAACGAAAUGUACUCCGUCAUCGUGAUCAAGUCGUCUGAAUUGGCCAACGUUUUGCGAGGCCCGAACCCACUUCAGGAACUUUUGAACAAGCAAAAUUCCCAACUGUCCCCCGUCAAUCUUAAAGAGGAAAGUACAACGACGGCCGAGCAUUCCAAGCCCUUUAUGGAUACGUCCCAUCAACCAAAUUCCGAUUCUUUAACACUUGUCGGGAAGAAAAUUAAACGAAAAAACCAGAAAAAAAUUAAGAAAGUACAAAGGUCAAACAUCUUCCUCAAAAAUAUUAAAAAAGGAAGCAGCGUUAAAAAAGUUGGCAGGAAACCGAUUCACAAAAUCAGAUCUGAACUGUUUUCACCCCAUUCAAUUUCUCAAAAAAUGGGCAAAACUAGGGAGAAAUUUCGCUGUAAUUUUUGCAUGCUGGAUUUCACCUUUCUGGGAAUUCUACGACUUCACGAACGCUCAAGAGCGCACCAAGUAGGCGUAAAGUGUCACAGGGAGAAACCCGACGGCAGGGUCGUUUUUGCCUGCGACCGUUGCGAAUUGGAGACUAAAUCUGCCGAGAUGCUGCUUCGGCACAAGGUCAGAAUGCUGAAUGACGAGAAACAUCAAGAAAAAUGAAAUCCGGACAGAAUUUUGUUACAAAAGAUUUUUAAUUUACAAAACUGACCCAUAAAUGCGACGCUUUUUAUAAAUUAUGAACUAAAUAUUUGCAUAAAUUAUGGAAGAAUGAAAUACUGACGUGUUUAUCAUUACUAACGAUUGAUUAGAUUAGGAAUGUUGUUUUUAUAAAAUAUGAACUUCGAAAAAUAAACAUGUACAAAUUUCAGUUAUGUUUGCUAUUAA